GGCGUGCUGCGAGUGGUAGGCAUACAUGUGAUACAGCAGGGGAGGUGUUUUUCUGAAAGAGUUUACAGGAGAGACGUACUGCACCAUUUGAAAGCAUUUACGCAGCUUUCCUACACAAAGGCGUUUGCCUCUGUUUUCCUUUUUGGGGAUAUUCGGUGACAUUUACGUAAGGAUCGGCUCGUGCGGGACAGGACCGCCAGCAGCUUUAGUUUUGACAAUGGGGGCUACUGAAUCUGCGCCUCAGCGGGAAAAUAGCAAGUGUCAAGACGAGAACGCAAAGGUGGAAGAGCAGAGUGGGAACUACGUCCAGGAUGGCGAGAGUCCUGAUGUCAAGUUGCUCCAGAAGAAUGGACAGGCCUCCGGGCUAAAUGAGAAAGCAGAGCAAACUGAGGAGAUCAGUGGUUUGUGUGAGGACAUGGUUGUUGCAGAAGUUGGUGAGACAAAUUCAUCAAUUGUUUCUCAUAAAGAGGAAAUUCCAGAGAGGAUAGAAACUCUCAGAGAGGAGGUAUCACCUCUGGAAAACAAAGAUGGUGAUGGAAAGGUGUCACCAAAUGAAGAUGAUGAAUUAUCAACAAACACUGAAAAAGAAGUUAAAUUGAAUGAAGUCAAUAAAAGUUUUAAACAUUUCUGUAAUUCAAUUGGUCUAAAAUUCACCUUAAAAAAAGACUCUGAAACAACACCAGAAGUGAGCCCUAAGAAGAGUGUGGUUGAAGGAAGUACUCCAGAGGAUAUCACUGCAGAAAAUGCUGAGGAGAAUACCGAGCAGAGUACACCUGAGGAUAUGACUGAUGAUACGAUUAAAGAAUUGUUGGUCAAUAAACCAAAAGAUCUUGCAGAUAAUACAUUAAAAGAACUUGUUGAUGAAAAACAGAAAGAGACAACUGAAGGUAUGCUAGAGGAGCCUACUGAUAAGCCUCAAAAAGAGCUUUUAGAUGAUAUCCAAGAAAUGAAAAUCAAUGAUGCACCAUUUGAGGUUGUUAAUGACAAACCAGAGGAACCUGCUGAUUUUUCUACAUUUUGCUCUACAUUGACAGACCACACAUUUAGGAAAUACCUCAAUGAAACUACCAAGGAACAGACCCUAGAAAUUAUAGAACCCAAGGAGGAAAGCACAUCUGAAGAACUGGCUAAUAUAGAGGAAGAGGCAGAUAAACCUGCCCCUACAGUUCCGGUAAUUGAAGAAAUGUCCCCAUUCAAACGUUUUUUCUCAAUAGGAAAAAAACACAAGCAGGCCAAACAGGAACCCAAGAAAGAUUCCAAUGUGGAACAUAAGGAAGAUGUCAAGAAAGAACCUAAGACAAAACCCAAUGAGGAACCCAAGGAAGAACUCAAUGAAGAUCCUAACGAUGAAAUCAAUGAGGAAGUCAAAGAGGAUAUUAUUCUUUCUGUAGAGACAGAAGAACCUGCACCAACUCUUCAAGAUGUUGAAGAAAUUGUAUCUCCAAUUAAGAAGUUUUUUACCUCAGGAAUCUUUGCUGGUCUUAAGAAAAAGAAAAAGGUUCUAGAAGAGGAAAUGUUCAAAGAUGAGACUGUUGAGAAGAAACAGGAAAUGCAAAGCAUUAAUGAAACAGAGGGUUUAAACACACCAGAAGAAGCUGAACAUGAGCAAGAAUUUACAAAAGAGGAGAUCAGUCUAGGUGUGGACACAAUGUUGGUUCUUGAGAGGGAACACGAUGAGAAUGAACUUCAAGAAAUUGUGGCCACAACAUCAGAGGUAAUAACAGAUUCCCUGACAGCUAAGACAUCCAUUGUUUCUAAACUCAUGAAUGUCUUUAAAACUAGUGACAAUCAAGAGGAUGUUCUUGAAAAGCAGGUAGAUAGUAAGGGAUUACAGACAAUUAUCUCAAAUGAAGCUGAACGUCUUAGCUCUCAAGAGGAUGGUAAAGGUCAAAGAUGUUCUGUCUCUGAUAAUCUUGAAGACCAGUCGCCAUCUUGGGGAUUUGUAACAGUUGCAACAAAAGAAGCUGGAAUCAGUGAAGCGGAACUUCUCAGUUCUCAAGAGAAAACACAAAGUGUGGAAAGGCUUGAACUACAGUCUCAUUCUUGGGGAUUUGUCACUGUUACAGAGGAUUUACCUGAAGAGGAUUCAGUCCCAGAGAUAUUACUAAACUCAAAUGAGGUUAAACCUCUUAACUCACAAGAGAAAGCUAAAAGCCAAGAAAGUCCAGUCCAGGAUAUUUUUGAUGAGCAGUGUCCUUCUUGGGGUUUCCAUACAGUUAUCUUAAAUGAUGUUGAAAUUCUUAGCUCACAAGAGAAAGACAAAAACCAAGGAAGUCCACUCAGGAAGCUCUUAUCUGGGGCAGGUUUAAAGAAGCUUUCUAGGAAGCGGAGAGGUAUGAAAUCAGACGAAUUGACCGGGUCUGGUGAGCAUGUUGCAGAGGAUCUACUGUCAUCCACAGAGUCAGCAGAGUGUCAGAGAGGAGAGAGUCCUUCUUCUUUGCCUGAAAAAGUUGCAGCAGAGGUAAACAUGUCUGCUCAGGUAGGAUCAAGCCAUGAAUCAGAUGGCGAUGUAACUUCUGAUGGUGAAAGGAAGAAGGAUGGGACCUGGACUUCGUUAAAAAAACGAAUGACACCAAAAAGACAUGCCAAAAGAUCUUCUGAAAGUGACGAUGAUUUAGGACUUGUAGGUUCAAGUGAAGGUGAGAAGGAACUAGAACUUAGCACAGAAGAGCCCAAAAAGAAGGUAGACAUAUCUGUUUCAUGGGAGGCGCUCCUAUGUGGAUCUGCAAAGAAGAGGGGCUUACAAACGUCUGACUCCGAGGAAGAAGCACCCAAAAAGGAAGGUGAAACACUAAGUGAACGUGGAAACACUGAGUCUCCACUGGACAGUUCUCAGGAGGGAGGUAAUGAAGGGGAAUCUACAUGGAAAUCCUUUAAAAAGCUGGUCACCUUGAAAAGGAAGGCAAAAACUGAGGAAACUGGCAAAGUUAACUUAUCCGAGCAGAUGCCGUCUGACAGCGAAAUUGCCAAAGAUGAGUCUUCAUUUUCUCUAAAGAAACUCAUACCUGGACGCAAAAAGCAAAAGCAUGGGAGAAAGGAGGAAACAAUUUAUUUUGACGAGGCGGAUAAGGAUGCUGAAUCGGAUGAUGAGGAGGACUCUGAAACACCAGCAGUGGUCCCUAUCUCUGAGUUUGAUGCAGAAGAACUUGGAGAGAAACAAAACAAUUUAACUGAGGCUGUUAUAGAAACUGUAUUACACAUAAUAGAAGAUGAAACAUUGCCAAAUGUCUGUAGUUUGGCCAUUGAAUCUUCCAUACCCAAAAACACCCUGUCCACUGAUGCCACGAAGACUCAAGCUGAAGACACAGUGAAACAGUUGGCUCAAUCAACAUCCACAGACUUUGAGGACCCUACAGAAUUUAUAAGUAAACAUCAGCAACUCAGUGAUAUACCUGAGGAAGGUAUAAUAGAGGAGACCAUUGUCACACAAUUGUCUACUGCUGAAGAAGCCACACGAGAUGAUACCAUAGCAGAGGACCUAAUAGAGUUGACAUCUGAAGCAGUCACUGCCCCAGAACCUCAAGAUGAAGAAACAACAGAAAUGGUCUCAGCAGUGUCACAGUUAACAGAUGAAUCCCCCAAAACAUCAGGCAACACAACACCUGUACCACUAGAAUACGAGUUAAAGGACACAGUGGUACUUCUGCAUGAGGCUGUGGAAACUAUUAGUGGAACUUCAACUCUCUUAUUGGUAACUACAAAAGACCCACAUCUGGAAGCCAUAGCCAAAUCAGUUUCUUCACAAAUAUUCAACACACCUAAAGAGAUGGAGGCAACCGUUUUAAUGGCUGAGGAAAAAAAUGCUUCUCUUAAGGUAAGCACAAAUGAAGCAUCUCAAGAAAUAAAUGAUUAUGAUGAAAGCCCAGUAACUAUGGUAGAAUGUCUAUCUGAAAUCAGUGAGGUAGUACCCACUGAGUUGGCAUCUGGAAUUACAGAAAAGUUUGAUGCUUCAGGGAUUGCUACUGAUGAGAUACAAAAAGAUGAAAAUGAAUCAUUUCCAAUUGUGCAAAUAGAAACAGAAAUCUUAGAUGUGUUUGUCACUGACAAACCUAUGUUAAGACAGCCUCUCACGGAGGACACUUGUGAAGAACACAAGGAGGAAUUCCUGGAUGUUGCCCAGAAUGCUGCAGACAUUGAGAAUGCACCCGUUGUAGAAACAAACACUUGUGAUGUUCAAGAUGUCACAGGUGCAAUUCCUGAUGUUCCAUUGUCAGAACUGUCUGAUGUUCUAGAAUCUGCGAUUGCUAUAGUGGCACCAGUUGAAUCCACGCAGAAAAUGGAUCCUGUGGGCCCUCUAAGACCAGUCGAAGAGAUAAGACCAGUACAUGUUGCCGUGGUAAAUUCAGAAGUGAGUGUAACUCAGGUUCAAGGGAAGGUUGUAGCAGAAGACUAUCCACAGCCUGAUACAGAAAGUCCAAAUGUGUCGGUCACAGAAAAGUGUUUCUUCAUACAGCCUCUUAUGGGAGUCAUUGUUGAAGAUGAGAAAGAGGAGAUCAUGGAUGAUGCGCAGAAUGCUGCAGCAAUUGAGAAUGCAUCAGUUGCAGAAACAACAAAAUGUGAGGUUCACGAUGUCACAGCUGCAAUGCCCGACAUUUCCAUUUUAGGACCAUCUGACCAUACUGAAUCUUUCAUUGCCAUAAUGGCUCCUGAAAUAGAAUUCCCAAAGAAAAUGGAUCCUGUGGGUUCUCUACAACCACUCAAAGAGAUAAGAUCAGUACUUGUUGCAGUUGAAAAUUCAGAAGAGUGUGUAGCUCAGAUUGAACGCAAGGUUGUGACAGAAAACAAUCCACAGCCUGAUACAGAAAGUCUGGAAGUGUCGGUCACAGAAAAAUAUAUCUUCAUACAGCCUCUUACGGAGGUCAUUGUUGAAGAAGAGAAAGAGGAACUCAUGGAUGAUGUACAGAAUGCUGCAGCAAUUAAGAAUGCACCAAUUGCAGAAAAUAUCAGAUGUGCGGUUCAAGAUGUCACAGCUGCAAUGCCUGACAUUUCAAUCUUAGGUCUGACUGACUGUACUGAAAGUUUGACUGCCAUAAUGGCUCCUGAAAUAGAAUUCCCAAAGAAAUUGGAUCUUGUGGGUUCUAUGGUUGAAGUAGAGGACAUGGUUCUGAUCAAGAAUGUGACAUCAGCACAGAUUGUUGAUGACCAUGCACUCCAAGUACAAGUGACGGAUGCACAGCUAAAGUCAGUUGAAGAAAUUGUUAAUACAGCCCUACAAGUGGGUUCAACAGAUGUCAAUGAUAAAGAGAUUCUGGUUCAAAAGAUGGAACCUGAGUUUGAAUCAGCUGAAGCAAAUGUUGCAACCAUUCUUGAGGUCAGCUCAAGUGAUGAUCAAGUGAUUACAGUACAAAUGACAGAUGCAGAACUAAAAUCUGCUCAAAAAAUUGCUUAUAAUGUCCUUGAAGUGGGCUCAAAGAAUGUCAGUGAUCAAGAAAUUGUACAAAAAGAGGUGGAUGCUGAGAUUGAAUUGGCCAAAGCAAAUAUUGAGACAACCCCUGAGGUAAACUCAAGUGAUGAUCAUGAAAUUAAAGUUAAGGAGGCAGAUCCAGAGCUAAAGUCUGCUCAAGUCAUUGAUAACACUUUGCUCAAAGUGGACUCCACAGAUGUCAGUGAUCAAGAGUUUCUAGUAAAAGAGUUGGACGGCAAGAUUGAACUGGCUGAAGCAAAUAUUGAGACAACCCCUGAGGUAAGCUCAAGUGAUGGUCAUGAAAUGACAGUAAAGGCGGCAGAUCCAGAGCUAAUGUCUACUCAAGACAUUAUUGACUCUUCGCACAAAGUCAGCUCAAUUGAUGUGAAUAAUCACUCGAUUGUAGUACAACAGAUGGACGCUGAGAUUGAAUUGGCUGAAGCCAAUAUUGACACAAACCUUGAGGUUGGCUCAAGUGAUGGUCCUGAAAUUACAGUAAAGGCAGCAGAUCCAGAGCUAAAUUCUGCUCAAGUAAUUGAAGUAAUUGUUGACGCUUCGUUCAAAGGGGACUCAACUGAUAUCAGUGAUCACUCGAUUGUAGUACAACAGAUGGACUCUGAGAUUGAAUUGGCUGAAGCAAAUAUUGCAACAAUUCUUGAGGUUCGGUCAAGUGAUGAUCAAGAGAUUACAGUACAAAUGACAGAUGCAGAACUAAAGUCUGCUCAAGUAAUUGUUGAUAAUGUCCUUGAAGUGGGCUCAACAAAUGUCAGUGAUCAAGAAAUUCUACAAAAAGUGGUGGAUGCUGAGAUUGAAUUUGCUGAAGCAAAUAUUGAAACAACCCUUCAAGUCAGCUCAAUUGAUGGUCAUGAAAUAACAGUAAAGGUGGCAGAUCCAGACCUAAAUUCUGCUCAAGUAAUUGAAGUAAUUGUUGACACUUUGCUCAAAGUGGACUCAACUGAUGUAAAUGAUCACUCUAUUGUAGUACAAAAGAUGGACUCUGAGAUUGAAUUGGCUGAAGCAAAUGUGACAAUUCCUGAGGUCGGCUCAAGUGAUGAUCAAAAGAUUACAGUACAAAUGACAGAUGCAGAACUAAAGUCUGCUCAAGUCAUUGUUGAUCAUGUCCCUGAAGUGGGCUCAACUGAUGUCAAUGAUCAAGAGAUCAUAAUAAAAGAGGUGGAUGGCGAGAUUGAAUUGGCCAAAGCAAAUAUUGAGACAACCCCUGAGGUAAACUCAAGUGAUGAUCAUGAAAUUAAAGUUAAGGAGGCAGAUCCAGAGCUAAAGUCUGCUCAAGUCAUUGAUAACACUUUGCUCAAAGUGGACUCCACUGAUGUCAGUGAUCAAGAGUUUCUAGUAAAAGAGUUGGACGGCAAGAUUGAACUGGCUGAAGCAAAUAUUGAGACAACCCCUGAGGUAAGCUCAAGUGAUGGUCAUGAAAUGACAGUAAAGGCGGCAGAUCCAGAGCUAAUGUCUACUCAAGACAUUAUUGACUCUUCGCUCAAAGUCGGCUCAACUGAUGUGAAUAAUCACUCGAUUGUAGUACAACAGAUGGACGCUGAGAUUGAAUUGGCUGAAGCCAAUGUUGACACAAACCUUGAGGUAAGCUCAAGUGAUGGUUCUGAAAUUACAGUAAAGGCAGCAGAUCCAGAGGUAAAGUCUGCUCAAGUAAUUGAAGUAAUUGUUGACGGUUCGUUCAAAGGGGACUCAACUGAUGUAAGUGAUCACUCGAUUGUAGUACAACAGAUGGACUCUGAGAUUGAAUUGGCUGAAGCAAAUGUGACAAUUCCUGAGGUCGGCUCAAGUGAUGAUCAAAAGAUUACUGUACAAAUGACAGAUGCAGAACUAAAGUCUGCUCAAGUCAUUGUUGAUCAUGUCCUUGAAGUGGGCUCAACUGAUGUCAAUGAUCAAGAGAUCAUAAUAAAAGAGGUGGACGGCGAGAUUGAAUUGGCCAAAGCAAAUAUUGAGACAACCCCUGAGGUAAACUCAAGUGAUGAUCAUGAAAUUAAAGUUAAGGAGGCAGAUCCAGAGCUAAAGUCUGCUCAAGUCAUUGAUAACACUUCGCUCAAAGUGGACUCCACUGAUGUCAGUGAUCAAGAGUUUCUAGUAAAAGAGUUGGACGGCAAGAUUGAACUGGCUGAAGCAAAUGUUGACACAAACCUUGAGGUAAGCUCAAGUGAUGGUCUUGAAAUUACAGUAAAGGCAGCAGAUCCAGAGCUAAAUUCUGCUCAAGUAAUUGAAGUAAUUGUUGACGCUUCGUUCAAAGGGGACUCCACUGAUGUCAGUGAUCAAGAGAUUCUAGUAAAAGAGUUGGACGGCAAAAUUGAACUGGCUGAAUUAAAUAUUGAGACAACCCCUGAGGUAAGCUCAAGUGAUGGUCAUGAAAUUACAAUAAAGGUGGCAGAUCCAGAGCUAAAGUCGGCUCAAGUAAUUGUUAACACAUCGCUCAAAGUAGACUCAACUGAUGUAAAUGAUCACUUGACUGUAGUACAACAGAUGGACUCUGAGAUUGAAUUGGCUGAAGCAAAUGUUGCAACAUUUCCUGAAGUCGGCUCAAGUGAUGAUCAAAAGAUUACAGUACAAAUGACAGAUGUAAAACAAAAGUCUGCUCAAGUAAUUGUUGAUAAUAUCCUUGAAGUGGGCCCAACUGAUGUCAGUGAUCAAGACAUUCUAGUAAAAGAGGAGGACGGCGAGAUUGAAUUGGCCAAAGCACAUAUUGAGACCACCCUUGACGUAAGCUCAAUUGAUGAUUAUGAAAUUACAGUAAAGGCAGCAGAUGCAGAGCUUAUGUCUACUCAAGCAAUUGUUGACACUUUGCUCAAAGUGGGCUCAACUGAUGUCAGUGAUCAAGAGAUUAUAGUAAAAGAGGUGUACGGCAAGAUUGAAUUCGCUGAAGCAAAUAUUGAGACAGCACUUGAGGUAAGCUCGAGUGAUGGUCAUGGUCAUGAAAUUACAGAAAAGGUGGCCGAUCCAGAGGUAAAGUUUACUCAAGUAAUUGCUGACACUUCGCUCAAAGUUGGCUCAACUGAUGUAAAUGAUCUCUCGAUUGUAGUACAAAAGAUGGACGCUGAGAUUGAAUUGGCUGAAGCCAAUGUUGACACAAACCUUGAGGUAAGCUCAAAUGAUGGUCCUGAAAUUACAGUAAAGGCAGCAGAUCCAGAGCUAAAUUCUGCUCAAGUAAUAGAAGUAAUUGUUGACACUUCAUUCAAAGUGGACUCAACUAAUGUAAGUGAUCACUCGAUUGUAGUACAGCAGAAGGACUCUGAGAUUGAAUUGGCUGAAGCAAAUGUUGCAACAAUUCUUGAGGUCGGCUCAAGUGAAGGUCAUGAAAUUGCAGUACAAGUGGUAAAAGCAGAGCUAACAGCUGCUCAAGUAAUUGUUGAUAAUGUGCUCAAAGUGGACUCAACUGAUGUCAAUGAUCAUGUGAUUAUAGUACAGGAGAUUAAAUCAGCAGAAGAAAAUGUUAAAACAGCCCAUGAAGUGGGCCCAAAUGAUGAUCAAGCAAUUACAAUACAAGUGAGAGAUACAGAGCUAAAGUAUUCUCAAGUAAUUGUUGAUAAUGUUCUUGAGGUGGGCUCAACUGAUGUCAAUAGUCAUAAAACAGUAGUGCAACAGAUGGAUGCUGAAAUUAAAUCAGCUGAAGAAAAUGUAGAGACAACCCUGGAGGUGUGCUCCAGGGUUCAGCUCCAAGAUCACGAGAUUACAGUACAAGUGGCGGAUGCAGAGUUAAUGUCAGCUCAUGCAAUUGUUGAUAAUAUGCUUGAAGUGGGCUCAACCAAUGUUACUGAUCAUGAAAUCCUAGAACAAGACAAGGAUGUUGAGAGUAAAUCAGCAGAAGCAACUGCUCAUUCAGUGCAUGACGUUGUCUUAACUGAUGUCAAGAGUCACGAGAUUCAAAUACUUGUGACGGAUGCAAAUGCUGAGGUGGGGUCAGCUGAAGCUAUUGUGGAAACAGUACAUGAAGUGAUUUCCUCAAUGAACGCUAAAGAGGUCAUAGAUGUAUGUGACAAAAUGGAAGAUGAAAGAAAGGUUUGUAAUGCCACUAAGGAGAUUGUGGAAGACAUAUUUGAAGAGGCAAUUAUAACUCAAGAAAUCUUCCAGCAUGUACAGCCAAACUCAACAGAAGCUGCCGCUAAUGGUGUACUCCAGUCAAGAAAAAAGUCUGAAGUUGAAUUAACAAGCGAAGCAGAAGGUUCUAAACCACCAGAUAGUAAACAUGUAAUUGCAGUUACAACUUGUCAAGGACAUCAAUUUGUAGCUGCACAGGUGCAAAAGAACAUUACUUUAUUUGAAAAGUAUUUAGAGCUUAAUACUAUGGUAAAUAAGCAAGAACCUUCAGACAAAGAAAAUGAUCUCCCAACUGCUGUUCAAGUUGAUAUUUGUGAAGAUAGAACAUUUACAGUGUCCAAUUCUGAGGUUGACAAAGUACCACAUGAAUCAGUUCCAAAUACCUUAACAAAGUCCUGUUCACAAGAUGUGCAAGAAGUUCAUGGACAAAAGGCUGAAUGUAUUCAUGCUUUUGAAGUAGAUCGAGCCACUGAUGAUUCAGACUCAUUUGGGGAGCAAAAAAAGGAUCUGUUGGGAAUGGUAGUUGAAUCGGCAAAGGAAUCAGUAGAAUCAUUUGAAAAGAGAUUAUCUAUUGAAUCCCAUGUCCAUAUUCAUCUCCACAUUCAACCCAGAGAUGCUGGAGUGGGGUCUGCAGGGUUGGAUUUAUCCCCUCUUGCUAUUUGGCCACCUCCAAGUACUAUUGUGGAAGAUUCAUCAAAAACUGACCGUGUUCCUAAAGAAUCAACCGAAAGUACUCCAUUCUGUGAAGUUAGUAAAAAUGAGCAAAACAUUUACGCUGCCACUUCUGUCCCACUGCAUAUCCCUCCAGCACUACUAGACAUGCCUCCUGCCCCACUACAUACUCUGCCUGAACCAGCGCUGUGCACCAUAAACCCUGAAAUAGAACAGCAAAUGACUAAUGUUAUAGAGUCAAUUCAACACAUAGAGGAUGAGAAUGACCAAGAAGUGUGGCAGGAUGCUGAGGAAGAUUUUGGCACUGUAAAUUCCAAUGUCUUUGAAGUUCCAAGCAACAAAACAGAUGAUGGUGCAGAGGAGACCCUGCAAAACAUUGAAGAGAUAUUUGAUAUUGCACUUGAGCCUCAAAGCUUUCUGUCCGGAGGGGAAAUCUAAUAAGACUGUAAACAGCCCAGCAAACUGAUGUUUCAUGACCUGGUAUAGUUUUAUUAAAUUUAAAUGAGUGCUGGAUUUCCAGAGAACUCUUGAAAGACAAGAUUGAUGCCCAUACAUGAAGGAUGACCUAACACAAUCAAUUGAGGUGAAAUUGAAGGCAUACAUUUUCAAGCAAAUGUUUGCAUUUUGAGAAAUAUUUCAACUUUUUGAAUACAUUAAUGUUGCAGUGCUAUUGAAUCAAAGCUCAAAUGUAUAAUAAUAAUAAAAAAAAUGUGUUAAGGAACCAUGUUACAUUAUCUAAAAUGUACAGGAUUACAAAUCUAAGAUUUUAUCCUGUUUGUUAUUUGAACCCAGAGUCAAAAUAAAUUAUUGUAUGGUGACAUUGGGUAUUCGUUGGGUAAAAUGUAUAAUAAAAAAAUAAAAAAAGUUUAAUUUAAAAACAAUCAUAUUGUUUGCACAAGUAUUUUUCCCAAGUGGUGUGGAAGCACCCCGUUUACAGAUCUCUGAAGGAAACUGUUUCUUUACCAUUGGCUUCAACUUGUGGACCAUUCAUUUUACAGUAAAAUUUUCUGGAUAGAAAACCCACAGUAAAAUAAUUAUUUACAAUGGGGUGAACAAGUAUUUGAUAC